CGGCCAAGUUUCUUCUUAUUAUAAUUUUCCGUGAUACAGAGUUUCAUUUUUGCCUUCAAUCUAGAAUUCGAGGAAUCUUUUGCUUUGUGUUAAUAUUUUGAUUUUGAUUUUUUCCUUGCGAAGGAAGGACUUGAAGGCUUUCAUUUUGUCCAAAGACUUUGGUCUUGUUGGUUUUCUGAAGUUUGAAGGCUUUGAUUUUGUUCAAAGAUUUUAGUCUGGUCGAUUUUCUGAAGCAGAAAGGCCAGAGCGGAUGUUUUGGUUUCGAUCGGUGAACUACUGAGAUUUUCGAGAAAAUCUGAGUUCAAAGAACUGGAAAAUCGUAUUUACAGAUACUGAAUAUUUUUAUGUCACACAAUAGCGUGUUCAAAAUGCCUAGCAUGCAAGGGGAUCAGCUGUACCAAUUGGAAACGACUUGUGGUUCUCUUCUAUACGAGCUGCAGUUGAUAUGGGACGAAAUAGGGGAACCGGAUGAUGAAAGAGAUAAAAUGUUGCUUCAGCUUGAACAAGAGUGUUUGGAGGUAUACACACGCAAAGUGGAUCAAGCAAACCGAUCAAGGGCUCAACUCCAUCAGACAAUUGCAGACUGUGAAUCAGAGCUUGCUUCCAUAAUUUCAGCACUUGGAGAUCGCCCUCUGCUCAAGCAGGUUCAGUAAUAAUUCGCUGGAGAAAGAAAGCCAGGCAGCUUGAAGGAACAACUCGAAGCUAUCACGCCACAUUUGGAAGAAAUGCGACGGAGAAAAGAAGACCGGAUUAAGCAAAUUGUAGAUGUUAAGACACAAAUUCAAAAGAUUUCCAAUGAAAUUACUGGAUGUGUUCAGAUUAAUCUGUGUGCUGUUAGUGUAGACGAUAGUGAUUUAUCUUUAAGAAAGCUUGAAGAAUAUCAGAGGCAUCUCCAAGCACUUCAAGAGGAGAAGAAUAAUCGCUUGUUCAAAGUCAUUGAGUAUUGUAAUACGCUCCAUGGAUUAUGCUCGGUCCUUGGCUUAGAUUUCUCAUACACUUUGAAAGAAGUGCAUCCAAGCUUGGAUGAGUCAGAACAGGAAAAGAGCAUUAGUGAUGAUACUAUUGAAAGACUAGCCAUGACAAUUCAUAGAUUGCGAGAAGAAAAAAGAAAUAGAAUGCAAAAGCUUCAAGAUUUGGCUACUACUAUGCUUGAACUCUGGAAUUUAAUGGACACGCCUGUUGAAGAGCAACAGAUUUUCCAGAGUGUUACCUGUAAUAUUGCAGCUUCAGAGGAUGAAAUCUGCUCUCCCAAUUCCUUGUCAGAGGAAUUCAUUGAAAAUGUUGAAGCGGAGGUUGCAAGGCUGGAGGAGUUGAAGGGAAGCAAGAUGAAGGAACUUGUUCUAAAGAAGAGAACAGAGUUGGAAGAAAUUUGUAGGAGGACUCACCUUUUUUCAGAAAGUAAUAUUGCUAUGGAUGAAGCAAUUGCCUCCAUGGAUUCUGGACUGGUUGAUCCAUCUGAGCUUCUUGAAACUGUUGAAGAACAGAUUGCAAUGACAAAAGAAGAGGCAUUUAGCAGGAAGGAAAUCCUUGAGAAAGUUGAAAAAUGGAUAGCUGCAUGUGAAGAGGAGGUCUGGCUAGAGGAUUAUAACAAGGAUGAAAAUCGAUACAGUGCAAGCAGGGGAGCACACCUUACAUUGAAGCGUGCAGAGCGUGCUCGUGCAGCUGUUAGCAAACUACCUGGGAUGGUGGAAGGAUUGGUGGCAAAAACCAUAGCAUGGGAGAAAGAAAGGGGCAAAGAAUUCCUUUUUGAUGGCGUUCCUUUACUUCAAAUGUUAGAAGACUACAACCUUAUGAGAGAACAGAAAGAACAAGAACGAAGAAGGCAACGGGAUCAUAAGAGGCUGCAGGGUCAGCUUAUAACAGAGCAAGAAGCACUGUUUGGGUCAAAACCUAGUCCUGCAAAAUCACAUAGUGCCAGAAAGACCCAAGGCGCUCGUCCAACAACAGCAAAUGGAAACAGACGCCUCUCUCUUGGGGGAGCCAUGCUACAAGCUGCUACAUUCGAUGUUCUGCCUCCAAAAGCCAAUAACGCGGUUCUCUCUCGCCAUGGAACACCAAAUUUUGCAAAGGAGACCAGAAGAGAGAGUAGAGCAUUCGGUAUGCAGAGCCAACAUGAGGAGGAAUCGAAAACCUUAUCUGCAGGAAGAAGAGGUUUGGACGUGGCUGGGCUGAAUCCAUACAAACAUUCAUUUUAUUCUCAAGGUCAAGAAAAUGAAACAAACUUUAUCCAACCAAAUCGCCGGCCCCUCUCUCCUGUUCCUACAACUCCAUCCCAAUCCAAUACAAACUCCUUCCCAGUUCAAUCCAAUAUAAAUGCCUUAGAGGACUUCAACAAGACGAUGCCAAAUGCUAGUCCCUUGAAAACUAUUUCAAUGUUCACUCCCUACAAAUCAAAUACUGUGCCGGAUGAAGAGAACAUGACCCCUGUCUCUAUGGCAAUCCCCAUGUCCAUAACACCUGCAAAAACUCCUCCAUAUCAGACUGCAACUCCUUUACCGUCAUCAAGCACUGUUGUCCUCAGCAGCUCUACUACAACAUCACAUAGUGGUGUACUACUACGACCUCAGCAGCAGCAGCUACAACAGAUUUACAAUGACCAUGAGCAGCAAGGUAUAGAAUAUUCUUUUGAAGAGAAAAGAGCAGGAUUUGUGCUUUUGAAAGUCUGAUUUGUUCAAGUCAAAUUUCUUAUUAUUUGUUCAUUCAGCCAACAACCUCUGCUGUUGACAAUUUUCCUGUCUCUCUAUAUAAAUAUUUUGUAAAUAGAUGCGAACUGUGAUUUUUAACAAGUAUGUCUCAUGCUGAACGAAUUUUCAAAUUCAAAUGCUUAAUGAAAUUUAUAAAGAAGUAUCAAAACCCAACUUUCCGAAAAGUGAUGAAAAGGUAUUCUGUUUGAAAUUAAUGCCACAAUGAAUCCAUGUUUAUUUCUUAAA